CUAGCUGCGGCGGUGUUGAGGUGGACGCAUUUGGAGGGCGGUGGGGCCGCGACGUCGGGACCUGCGUUUUGGGCCUGAGCCGAGGGAACGAUACCGAGGCCACCAGUAUUUCAUAGAGAUUGAUGGAAACAGAAACUAAAACUCUUCCCCUGGAGAAUGCAUCCAUCCUUUCAGAGGGCUCCCUACAGGAAGGGCACCGGUUAUGGAUUGGCAACCUGGACCCCAAAAUCACAGAAUACCACCUCCUCAAGCUCCUCCAGAAGUUUGGCAAAGUAAAGCAGUUUGACUUCCUCUUCCACAAGUCAGGUGCUUUGGAGGGACAACCUCGAGGAUACUGUUUUGUUAACUUCGAAACUAAACAGGAAGCAGAACAAGCUAUCCAGUGUCUCAAUGGCAAGCUGGCUCUGUCUAAGAAGUUGGUGGUGCGAUGGGCACAUGCUCAAGUAAAGAGAUAUGAUCAUAACAAGAAUGAUAAGAUCCUUCCGAUCAGUCUUGAGCCAUCCUCAAGCACUGAGCCCACUCAGUCUAACCUAAGUGUCACUGCAAAGAUAAAGGCCAUUGAAGCAAAGUUGAAAAUGAUGGCAGAAAAUCCUGAUGCAGAGUAUCCAGCAGCACCUGUUUAUUCCUACUUUAAGCCACCAGAUAAAAAAAGGACUACUCCUUAUUCUAGAACAGCUUGGAAAUCUCGAAGAUGAUGGUUGUGAAUUGCUGUAGCAGCAAAAGCAAAUUGGUCUCCACAUCUGAAAUCCUCUGCCUUUGUACUUUGUAAAUGUGAAUGGUACUAUCCAACAGAGCACAAUCAUAUGUUUGAGUUUGGUAACAUAACAUUUUUGGAUUUUCUUAUGGAUAUUUCUUCCCUGAAAUAUGUGUGGAAUUGAGCAUCACCCAGAAUAAAUAGGAUUAUAUCCAAAAUUGUGAUUUGAACACUGGGAUGCUCUGGUUGGCUGGGUUUGUUUGGAUUUGUAACUCCAGAAACAUUAUAUAGUGUGCCAGAGUGAAAGACAAGCAUAAAAAAUGUACUUUUAAUCAGGAAACUAAAUUUAUUAAUGUCCUUCUUAAAAACGGGGGUGGGGGGACAUUUUUCUGUGCUCAAGUGUCUUUAAAACUUAAAAGAAAAGUAAAAGGGAGGAAAGUGAGAGAGAGAUUUUAAAUCAUGUUCAGAACUGUUCCAGAAUUUGCUGUGGAAACCCCUCCAAUUGGACUAAAAAGAGAAGGUUCUUGGCAAAGGGGAGCUGGUCCUUUGAGCAAAUGUUGUGGUAAUCUGUUGAAGAAUUAUGCUUAUUGUUUCAAAAUCCCAAGUAGGAAAACCUGUUGUGUAUUGUUUGCAUCGACAAAACUGUAGAAUCAAAUUUAGCAUUUUGUACCACAACAGAAGUUCUGUUUGGAAAUCCAACUUUUAUUCUAUAAUGAUAAUUUUUGAAAAAACUAAAUAAUCUUACCGUCUAUAAUACCAAAUGUUGUUAUUAAUGUGGGACUUUUAAAAUUGCAUUUAUUGCAUGAGAUUGUUUUUAUAGCAUGAGAAUGUUCUAUUUGGAAUUGUAUCAUGGUCAACCUAAAUAGAAAAGCAAAAUUUCUUUAAAACCUAGAAGUUGCUAUAUAGAUAGCUGUCAAACAUAUUAUUUCUGAAAAUUUUAUAGGGGUCUGAGUAGAAGAGGUUGAAUUGUCUUGUGAGGGUUGAGGGGUGAGGGGGUGGCACACAGUGGGACACAGUGAGUCGAUGGAGCAGGCACUGUUCAGGCACCAGGAUUUGUAGUGAGUCAUGUUUUAUGGAGUUUUAAAGGCUUUACAGACUGCAUGACUUUAAAAUGAUUCUUUAUUCAUAGAACAUACUUCUCCCUAGAUACCUUCUGCCACUUUGAACAUUCUAGAUAUGACAAUAUAGAGAGAUAAUAAAUUAACAGAUUUUGGAAUGUGGUUCUGUCAAGCUCAGUUUUGGUCAUUUUGGUGCCAAGUUUGACAGAGUGUUUCAUUGGGCAGCACCAUUGCUCCUUUACCAGGUAAAUCACUUUUUGACUCCAGGUGCCAUUCUUGGUGAUUACAGACUGUGUACCACUACCGUUCCUGGCAAGAGGAAGCUUUCAUUAUAGGGACUUAAGUCUUCCUAUGAGCAUAGAUGAAUUUAACACAUUUGAACCAAAACUUCAGUAUAGUGAAGUUUCAGAAUUCACAUGACUGGUUCAGAGAAAUUCUUAUCACCUUUCCCAAGGUAAAUCUUUUUAGAUAUCUUUAGAUAUCAGAUACUUUCUGGAUUUAUUAGCUGUGUCUAUGAUGCAAGUAACUCUCCUUACAUUUGGGGAAUAGUUCAGGGAGAUGGGAGCAUUAACUCCCAUUUUUCUGGUGAUUUCUCGGAGUAUAGAAUUCACCAUUUUAUCCUUAAGUCCUCAGAGAGUUAUGUUGGUGUAGGACUUAAUCAAAAUAGUCUUCUAUUUUUAAUAGGAAUUUAGAAAAUACUAAACUUUGAAUUAUAUAAAGUUGUUUCCUUUAGAAACCAGAUCUAUUUAUUUGUAUUUAAAGCAAUGUUUAUUAUUUGUACCAGUUCUUACUCUGUGUGAAUAAAUGCAAGACAGUGCCUGUGUGGUGGUGUCUUCCCUCUCUCAUCCGUUUGCUAGAAUAAAGACUGCAGCUCUCUGGUAGGGUUGUUUCCACUCAGGACUUGGGCUGGUGGAGUGUUGCUUCUAGGUUCGCCACUCUGCAGAGGCCUCUGGCUGGAGAGUCAACUUCAGAGGCAGUCCUAAUUCCCUCCACCCUCCAUGCUUGCGUACUUCUAUGGUUAGAGAUUAGAAGAGAGACUAGCUCUUCUCAUUGCAAGUUUAACUAUUCAAAAAGAAGUUGCUAAUUGAAGUCCGAACGUACCAUACCAUAUUGCGUCUCUCUUUCAAGGUAGAGGUUUCAGAAGAAUAAACUAAAUUUAUGUCUAAAUAUUUGCUGAAAACAGUCUGAUGAAAGGUUUGUAAAAUGUAAGUAUUAAUUUGGUCAACUCGUUGUUUUGAGGUCCACCUGUAUUAUGUGUAUUGGUUUACGGUUUUGUUAAAAUUAUGUCUCAAUUUUGAUUUAUACAAGGGUGAAGAAUUAAAGGAAUUAUUCAGGAGAGAGGUAUGAAAUAUCUCCUUAGUCUCAGUUCCUGUUUUAUUGAAUGCAAAAUAUAACCCUGACCAACUGAUUUUCUGUAGCUGGCAUCUCAGUAUUGGGAACAAGGAUCACACAAAGAAAGGUUUUUAACUCGUCAAAAAUCAACUGCGAAAGUUUUAUGAAACCAAAUAUUCCUGAGCUCAAUCCCUUGUUUUUUAAAGUAUAUACAGGUAAUUUCUGAAUUAGCAAAUAUAUCUGUGAUUUUUUAUACUGCUGUAAAAGAAUAAGAUUAAUUCUUGCCUUAUAAGUUAAAUGUUAGACAUUUCCUGUGUUUAAAUCAUGUUCUUACAAUGUGAUUUGAUCCCAUCAUACUCAUCCUUGAUUUUUCUCUUUCCUGCCUAAUCCUAUCCAGUUGUUCAACAAAUCCUGUCUGCUCCAGCUUCAAAAUACAUCUUGAAUCCAGUCACUUCUCACCAACACUACCAUUUUUGUUCAAGCCACUUUGAUCUCUUGCUUGGACUAUUGCAGUCCCCUACUAAUUAUCUCCUUGCCUUCACUAUUGCCUCGUAGUCAUUUUCCACAUGGAAGCCAAAGCUAUCCUCUUAAAAUCUGAGCAUAUCAUUUGCUUCCCAGUGGUUUUCCACUAAGAAUAAAAUCCAGAGACCUUCAAGGCCCUAAAUGACCCGGCCCCCAACUGCCUCUAACUUCAUAGCCCACUGUUCUUUUUGCUCACUCUACUCCAGCCACACUGGCCUCCUUGCUACUCUUUGAAUUCAAGGAAACCCCUGUCACAAGGCCUUUGCAUUGGCUAUUCCCUCUGCCUGGAAUGUUUUCUCCCCAGGUAGCCACAGAGCCCACUCCCUCAUUUGAUUUGUGUCUCUGCUCAGAUGUCAGUGAUCAAUAGGCUGUCCUGACCUCCCUUUCUAAAAUUGCAGCCCUGUGACUCUCUAAUCCUUUACCCUUCUUUAUUUUCUGUGUAGCACUUACCACUACCCUAAAUUUAUUUCUGUGUCUUCUCAUCUGAAUGUAAGUUCCAUGUGAGUAAGAACUUCUAUUCAAUGCUACCUCCCCAACAUGUUAUACCUGCUCAAUAAAUAUUUGUUGAAUGACAAA